CACACACAAACACUACUUCAUUCACACUCCCAUUAUAUUUUGCAAUUAAAUAUUCUUAUCUUUUUUAUUAUUAUUUAUUUAAUUUUUUGUUGACAAUUUGACUUUCCAUAAAUCCACGCGCUUUCUUUCUGUUUUGUAUCUAUCAUCCAUUGUUACAAAUUGAAUCUUUCAAAAAGCAAGCACAACCCCACAACCUUAAACACACCAAAAAAAAAAAAAAAAACAAACUUCAUCGGCCAUUAUUCAAUCUCUCUCUCUCUGCGGCAUUUCGUCGAACACCAUGAUGGCUAAGAUGCAGUCGGAACAAAUCAAGCAGCUGAAGGACAUCUUCAAGCGGUUCGACAUGGACCACGACGGCAGCCUGACGCAGCUGGAGCUCGCCGCCCUCCUCCGCUCCCUCGGCCUCAAGCCCAACGGCGACCAAAUCCACGUCCUCUUGGCCAACAUGGACGCCAACGGCAACGGGUCAAUCGAGUUCGACGAACUUGUCGAGGCCAUUCUCCCCGACAUGAACGAGCAGGUGCUGAUCAACCAGGAUCAGAUGAUGGAGGUUUUCCGGUCGUUCGACCGCGACGGCAACGGCUACAUCACGGCGGCGGAGCUCGCCGGAUCCAUGGCGAAGAUGGGACACCCACUCACGUACAGAGAGCUGAGCGAGAUGAUGCGGGAGGCCGACACCAACGGCGACGGCGUCAUCAGCUUCAACGAAUUCGCCAACAUUUUGGGGAAAUCCGCCGUUGAUUACCUCGGAUUGUCCGUCUCCUAGGGCUUUUUUCUUCUGCCGGAAUCAAGGUUGUUUCUGAUUUUGAGUAUUAUAUGAUGAUGUUCUUCACGAUAAAAAUGGCAUCUUGAUUUUAUGAUGUUACUUUUCGAAACAACCCUAAAAAAAAAAAAAAAAGAAAAAAAAAAGGAAUUCAUUUUCUUGAUGAUGACAUCAAUGGCGGCUUGGUGGUCUAAAUUAAUUUUUAUUUUUUAUUUUUUUUAAUGAUGUAAAAGACUGAUGCUUUUUUCUUUUUUUUUUCUUUAAUUAGUUUCUUUAGUUUAGGCAUUUCUUUGUACAUGAACUAAUGGAAAUUGCCAGAAUUUAGCAGCAAGCUGUACCAUAUUAUUUAUAAUUGAUGUUAAUUUAAUUCCAUGUAUUGAUUGGCUGAUGAUUCUAACAACUCCCAUAUUAUCUUCUUAUUGUUUUAAUGCCAAUAUAUUGACUU